CAUUAUGGGAAGACAGAAAGUGCUUCUGGAAAAGAUGGCUCGGGCCUUGCAGGUGCGGAACCUGCUGAUGCGACAGGCACUGGCAGAAUGUCUUGGCACCCUCAUUCUAGUGAUGUUUGGCUGUGGUGCUGUCGCCCAGUUGGUUUUAAGCGGAGGCUCUCAUGGAAUGUUUCUGACGGUGAAUUUUGCAUUUGGGUUUGCCGCUAUGUUGGGAAUCCUAGUUUGUGGGCAAGUCUCAGGAGGCCACAUAAACCCCACUGUGACCUUUGCCCUCUGUUUGUUGGGGAGAGAGCCCUGGAGGAAAUUUCCCGUGUACUUCCUGGCCCAGACUCUGGGGGCUUUUCUUGGCUCAGGAAUAAUAUUUGGCAUGUAUAUAGAUGCGAUUUGGGACUUUGGACAAGGUUCUCUAAUCGUUGUAGGGGACAAUGCAACAGCUGGAAUCUUUGCUACAUACCCUUCUAAACACCUUACUUUGCUCAACGGCUUCUUCGAUCAGAUGAUUGGCACGGCAGCUCUGAUUGUGUGUAUCCUUGCCAUUGUUGACCCUUACAAUAACCCCAUCCCACGCGGACUGGAGGCCUUUACUGUGGGCUUUGUGGUUCUGGUGAUUGGUCAGUCCAUGGGUUUUAACUCGGGUUAUGCUGUAAACCCAGCAAGAGACUUGGGACCUCGGAUCUUCACUGCAAUUGCUGGAUGGGGCUCAGAGGUGUUCUCUGCAAACUCUUACUGGUCCUUUGUGCCAAUCUUUGCCCCAUUCAUUGGUGCUGUGUUCGGUGUGAUGGUGUAUCAGCUGAUGGUGGGAUGCCAUGUGGAAGGAGAAGAAAGAGACAAAAGGGAAGCAGUGGAAAAGGAACAGAAGGACAGACUCAAACUCACUGCGGUUUCUGAGAAGGAGACAGCAUAAGUCUGGGGUCAAAUGGAGUCAUUUUUUUAGUUUAGCCUCUGAAAAUAAAUUCAGCUUUCAUGACAAUAUAGUAGCAAAAUUGUAUAUUGUUGCAAAGAUCAUUAGUUAUUAACUAGGGGCCACUUACACGACACCGUUCUAACAGAAAACCCUUAAUAUGCUCCGGCCGCUCUUCCGCACAACAACAGUGCCUGGUGCCUCGAGAACGCAAACCUUGAAAUAGGUUCCAAGGUGCAAGCCUUAA